AUGGCAUUCUCAAAGCGAAGAAAGACUGGUGCCUCAAAGGCAAAUCCUCAAGAGAAGAAAUCCAAAAAAGGACCACUCCCUGUGACAGUACUCUCGGGAUUCUUGGGAAGUGGAAAGACAACCCUACUCCGCCAUAUUCUCCAGUCACCAGACCAUGGACUUCGCAUCGCUGUGAUAGUGAACGACAUGGCUUCUGUGAACAUAGACGCCAACCUCGUUACAAGAUCAGCAGACUCGCGCGGCAAGAAAGACAAUGGAGAGAUUCAUGUAAAAGAGAAGGUGGUUCAGAUGCAGAACGGAUGCAUCUGCUGUACGCUUCGUUCCGACCUCCUGACGGAGCUGGCUCGAUUAGCGUGGAGCGAUGACGGCUUUGAUCACGUAGUUAUAGAGAGCUCUGGAAUUAGCGAGCCUCAACAGGUUGCGGAAACGUUCACUGCGGAGCUUACCGAAGCGAUGAUCGAUGCUGAAGGCAUGGAGACAGAAGAGAAGGAGAUUUUCGCAAAAGUUGCGAAGCUUGGUGGCCUAAAGUCCAUUGCUAGCGUCGAUACCAUGGUCACUGUCGUUGACGCCUUCCGCUUCUUCUCCGAGUUCGACACCGCCGAGUUCUUACAAGACCGCUUUGGUAGAGAGGAGGUACCCGAAGAAGACCAGCGUACUAUCUCUGAUCUUUUCGCCGAUCAGAUUGAGUUCGCCAAUGUGAUCAUCGUCAACAAGGUCGAUGCUGUGGACAAGCAGACAUUAGGCAGAGUCAAAGCCUACGUUAGGACACUGAACCCUACAGCAAAGAUUAUCGAGUCCAAGUUCUCUAGAGUUGAUGUCAGAGAGAUGUUGAACACUGGUGUCUUCAACUUCGGCGAGGCAGUCGCCAGUCCAGGCUGGCUCAGAAGUCUGCACGAGAUGACCGUUAUGGAUGUCCAAGGUAGGAAACGCGUAGCGCCCAAGCCAGAAACCCUUGAGUACGGCAUCGGUAGCUUUGUAUACCGUGCUCGCCGUCCGUUUGACCCACUUAAACUUUAUCGGCUAAUCGAAGGAAAAUUCAUCCUGCUUCAAGAAGAGCCUGAAGAUGAUGAAGACGAGGAGGAAGAGGAGGAUGAUGCUUCCGAAGACAGCGCGAGCAAUGCUGACUCCGUCUCCGAUGAGAACACUGCUUCAGCAGGCUCCGACUCGGACAAGGUGACCGAUGAUGGCGACGACAAACCACCAAUGUCUGAUAAGGAGAUUCUAGCGAACAAGAAGGCCUCACCUUACUUUGCUGGCUUGCACCGCAGCAAAGGUAUCUUCUGGCUCGCUACACGCCCCUUUCAAAUGGGCUCCUGGUCAACCGCCGGUGCGAUGCUGACCCUCGGCUCCGAGAUGCCAUGGUUCUGCUGUGUGCCUGAAGAGGACUGGGGCGCCGAUGCUGACACCGUUGCCGCUAUCCGGAAAGAUUUUGAAGGCGAGUGGGGUGAUCGGAGACAGGAACUGGUGUUCAUUGGGGAGAAGCUUGAUGUCAAUGGGUUGACCAAGAUGCUGGAUACGUGUCUGUUGAGUAGAGCGGAGAUGAGGAAGUGGGAGAAGGUCAUGUUUGACGGUAAGAUGGGUGAGGACGCCAAGGAAGAAAAACUGAGCGAGAUGUGGAACGAAGAAUAUUGGGCCGAAUGGGCAAGGACGGAUGAGGAGGACCAUGAGGGACAUCACCAUCACUGA